GGCUCACUUUAAAGCACAGCUGGAGCUGAAGGGUGACUAUCCUGGAGACCCAGCGUCCCUCUCUUCAUACUUGUGGUCCUUUCUUGUGUGUAGCAGGUGUCCAAGCUGUGAUGGAGCGCUGGCGAGGCAGAGUGGCUCUGGUGACCGGAGCCUCGGUCGGGAUUGGGGCGGCUCUAGCCGUAGAGCUGGUCCGACUCGGUAUGAAAGUGGUGGGCUGCGCCAGGGAUGUCGGAAAAAUACAGAAACUGGCAGCAGAGUGUCAGAGCGCCGGCCAUCCUGGUGUUUUGGUGCCUUUCAAGUGCGACUUGACCAAAGAGGAGGAGAUUCUGGCCAUGUUUGCAGCGAUCAAAAAGCAGCACAAAGGCGUGGAUGUGUGCAUCAAUAAUGCUGGUCUGGGACAGCCAGAGCCGCUGCUAAAUGGCAAAAGCAGCGGAUGGAAGAACAUGAUGGAUGUGAAUGUUCUUGCACUGAGCAUCUGUGCACGUGAAGCUUAUCAGUCAAUGAAAGAGAGAAAUGUGGAUGAUGGGCACAUCAUAAACAUAAACAGUGUGGGUGGACAUCAUGUCUAUCCCUUUCCUUAUUUACAUUUCUACAUGGCGACCAAGUUCGCUGUAACCGCGCUGACUGAGGGCCUGAGGCAGGAGCUGCGUGCAGAAAAAACUCAUAUCAGAGCCACGAGCAUCUCUCCUGGUUUAGUGGACACAGAAUUUGCAUCACGGCUCCACAGCGAUGAACCUGAAAAAGUAGCUGCUUUGUACAGUGCACUUAGGCCUUUGAAACCAAAAGACAUUGCCAGUGCUGUCACAUACGUCCUCAGUGCCCCGCCUCAUGUUCAGGUUGGCGACAUUAUCUUUGAAGCUGUGUAGCUGGUGUCACAGUGCAGGCACCCAAUCCAGCCUUCACAACAAAGUGGUGUGACUCUACUGACUGCUCAACACUGCUCUCUAACCUUAUCCUCUGCUAAGAAGAAAAAAAUAAAAACCACCAACCAUUACCGGGCAUACUCCUACGUGACCUUCAAAUGAUAAAAAGCCAAGUCAAAGUUGAUUUUUUCAUCAAACAGAACUGUCAAAAUGACUGUGAGAAAAUGACAAAAUAAAUUUUUCAAAUGCGAAUGAA